AGACUGUAUUCAGCCUUACACAGAGAGAAGACCGGGGACACUACAAUGGACAAGAGCACUUUAGAGGAUGACCAGAUGAAUAGACUUUGUUGCUGUUGACUGCAAACAGCCCUUAAAAUGCUGCCUUGGAAGAAGAAUAAGUUCGACCUGAUUGAGGAAGACAAGCAGUCCAAGCAGAAGGGCUAUGCAGUGAGUCUCAACUACUCUGCGCUCACCUCCUUCGCCAAGUCCUGCCCCGAGAGCGCACUCAACCGGGUGGGCAGCAUGUUCAAGUCAAAGAGGAAAAAGGUGAAAAUCACCAGCGAGGACCCCACGUACACGGUGCUCUACCUGGGGAAUGCCACCACCAUCCAGUCCAAAGGGGACGGCUGCACGGACGUGGCGGUGAGCAAGAUCUGGGGCAAAAGCGACAUGGGCAAGAACGGCACCAAAAUGAGGCUGACCAUCAGCUCGCAGGGCAUCCGGAUGGUGCAUGUGGACGACAAGGCCAGGAGGCCGGGACACUUGUACUUGUUGCACCGGAUAACCUACUGCGUCGCGGACCCGAGGCUACCCAAGAUUUUCGCCUGGAUAUACAGGCACGAAAUGAAGCACAAGGCGGUGAUGCUGCGCUGCCACGCAGUGCUGGUGUCCAAGCCGGAGAAGGCAAAAGCCAUGGCGCUGCUGCUGUACCAGACCUCGGCCACGGCCCUGGCUGAGUUCAAAAGACUAAAACGGAGGGACGAUGCCAGGCACCAGCAGCAGCAGCUCAUAGGGGAACAAACCAUCCCGUUGGUCCCCCUCAGGAAGCUGCUGAACGGACAGUGUUACUACAAACCCCCGGUGGAGCGCAGCCGGAGCGCGCCCAAGCUGGGCUCUAUCACAGAGGACUUGGUUGGGGAGGAGGAGGAGGAGAAAGCGACGCACUUUGAGUGUGAGGACAUUCUGGACACGGACGAUGAUUGUGUGGCCAACGGCAAACAGGAGUUGACUCAGAUUAUUAAUGACUUGGGAGAGAUGAGCAUAGGAAACGACGUGCAGACUCUGAAAGCUGAUCUCAGAGUCACCAGACUUCUCUCUGGAGAGAGCACGGGCAGCGAGUCCUCCAUAGAGAGCAACCAGGAGCCCCCUCCGCUCACUAAUGGGUUUGAAGAGGUAAAGGUGCAGGAAAUUGCCUGAAUAAAUGUAGGCAUUUCUGGGCGCCUCUGACGCAUUGUUUUGUUGUCUCCACAAGAAACAUUUCCUUUGUCGUCAACCUUGUGUUGAAGAGUGUUUUGUCUAAUCGGUGCCUCCAUGACUAAAUGAUAUGACCCAGAAAAAAAAAAUCCCUCUAAGGUUUUGGGACAACAAUUAGGUCACUGAAUGAUAUUUUAAGAUUGUGAAAAAAA